AUGAAAAUAAACUCUUUGGUUACUUCAUUAUUGCUGAUUGUUCUCUUAGAGCCAGCAAUUGCUUCGUUUGUCAAUACGGAACAAGAUACGUCUGCAUAUAACAGACCCUUAAUUCACUUGACUCCUAAUGUGGGAUGGAUGAAUGAUCCGAAUGGCUUGUUUUAUGACAAAAAAACCAGUCUUUGGCAUGCAUACUACCAGUAUAACCCAAAUGAUACAAUCUGGGGAGAGCCAUUAUACUGGGGACAUUCUAGCUCUAAGGACUUGACACAUUGGGAAGAACACCAGGUAGCAAUUGGUCCUCAGAACGAUGAUGAAGGAAUAUUCUCUGGGAGCAUCGUGAUUGAUCAUAAUAAUACGUCAGGAUUUUUUGACGAAUCCAUUGACAAAGAUCAGAGGGUUGUUGCAAUAUAUACCAACUCGACGCCAAAAACUCAAACGCAAGAUAUCGCCUAUUCUCUAGAUGGAGGAGAGACAUUUACUAAAUAUGAUAAAAAUCCUGUGAUAGAUGUUAAUUCUACUCAGUUCCGUGAUCCUAAAGUUUUCUGGCAUGGUGAUACGGACCAAUGGAUUAUGGUUGUUCUGAAAUCUCAAGAAUACAAAAUCCAGAUAUUUGGCUCUCGUGAUUUGAAAACCUGGGAUUUACAUUCUAACUUUACAUCUGGUUAUUUAGGAAAUCAAUACGAAUGUCCAGGAUUAAUUAAGAUUCCUAUUGAAAACACUAAUGAAUUCAAAUGGGUUAUGUUUUUGGCAAUUAACCCAGGUUCUCCAAAUGGUGGAUCUACGAACCAAUAUUUUAUUGGGGACUUUGAUGGCUUUGAAUUCAAACAAGACGACUCAGUGACUAGAUUUAUGGACGCAGGAAAAGACUUUUACGCUUUCCAAACAUUCAGCGAUAAUGAGAAAGACGUAGUCGGUUUAGCGUGGGCAUCUAAUUGGCAAUAUGCCAACGUUGUGCCUACUAAUCCAUGGAGAAGCUCGAUGUCCUUGGCUAGGAAGUAUACUUUGGACUAUGUUCAUCAAAAUGCUGAGACAAAGAUACUAACGUUAAUUCAAACCCCAAUUUUAAAUAAUCUUAAUGUUACUGACAAAGUUGAAAAAAGUAAUCAUUUGUUGACUAAGAAUAACACGAUUAUUACGGACUUCGGCUCUUCGACAGGCUUACUUGACUUUAACACUACAUUUAAAGUUCUCCAGGGGAGUGGCAGCAACUCUAGUCCCAAAUUAGAGAUUUUGAUUCAUUCACAGGCUUCGAAUUCAAGUACCGAAUCAAUAAAAUUGGGGUUUGACACAAGUGUGUCUGCAUUCUACUUUAAUCGUGACAUUCCGAAAGUAGAAUUUAAUAGCAACCCGUAUUUUACAAACAAAUUCUCAACUUACGUGGAGCCUGCGCAUUAUUUUGAAAACGAUAUUCCCGUCUAUAAGAUCUAUGGAAUAGUUGAUAAAAAUAUUAUAGAGUUAUAUUUCAAUGAUGGUACUCAAACUAUGACGAACACAUUUUUCAUGAGUGAAGGCAACUAUCCACAUCAAAUUGAGAUAGGAAGUAAUGUAGACGGUCAAUUUGAAUUGCAAAGCUUGCUAGUUAGAGAAUUAAAUAAAUAG